UUCAAAACAUUUUCGUACUCGGCACUUCGUUUCAGUGGAAACUUGGGCAUCUCUCUGUGCACAGCUCAUCGCUCGGAGGAUCGAAUAUAAUAGAAAAGAACCUAGAAAAUGGUCAACGAACUGAAUAGGCCCCAAAAUGGGGACAAUGCCGCCUUAAGCGAGCGUCUAGCUGCCUCCAACCGACAGCUGCAAGAGAUGCAGGAGGAGCACCGCCAGUUGCUCGAGGAGAUGGAGACACUGCGCCUGCGAGCCGCUGAGCUGACCCUUCUGAAUGCGCAGCGCCGACAAGUGCGGGAAAGCACCGAGAUGGAGGAGCAGUGCCAGGUUGAGUCUUCAGCGGUGACAGAAGCAGCUGCCUCAUCCUCCAGUCCUCCGGCAGACGCCAGCAACCGGGAACAGGCACCAGCUGGCGAGGAAGAGGGCGACGAGGACAAAGAGGAGCAGGCCAGUUAUCUGCAGGCAAAGCUGAACGAGAUCGCCAACCUGAAAGCGCAGUUUAAGCGCGUGCAAAACAUGGUGGACACCACCAAGAUGAUUGAGCAGCACAUGUCCUCCAGGCAAACGGUGCAGGUCCAGAGCACCACCUCCGUCCAGACUAGCAGGCAGACCACCUCCUCAGAAGUGAGAGUGGCCAGCGAGGCCGUGGAGGCCGUGGAGAGUGCCCAAGCAGAGAAUCCAUCAACGUCGUCCACUGCACCCGACAACGCCGAGCUCCUGAAUUCCAUGCUCAACAUGUUCACGGACUUCACCAGUGAUCUGCGUGGCCAGGCGGAGGGUCUACGGGCGGAGCGGGAUCGGAUCAGGGCUCUCAAGGAGGACAUCAUCCAGCGCAAGCAGGGCAAAUAGGCACAUAGUCAUGUAAUGUGUAUUAUCCAGGGAACAUAUAAAUACUACCCAAUUAAAUAAUUAUCCACAAAAGAUA